UCAGUUACAGUAAUAAUGACAGAAGACAGUUAUAGCACAACAGAAGAUAGUCAUAGCAUUAGUAAUAUAGCAAAUAUUUAUAGUGAUCAUAGUUCAAGUGAUACUGAUGAUGGAACUGUUGGCCAUCCAAGAGAUAAAGUUUGGGAGUACUUUAAUAGAACAAAGUAUCCUAAAAAGAAAUAUUAUAGUGCUGGUUGCACAUUUUGUAAUGCAAGUUGA